AUGGGCAGUGCUUACCACUGGGAGGCCCGUCGUAGGCAGAGGAGGCUGCUGAUGCAGCGACAGCAAGAGAAGGUGCCUGAGAGGGGUCGGGAACAGAAGAAACUCCCAGAGAAGAAAUGCCAACGUGAGAAACACACCCAGCCCUCCCAGGCAUCACCUCAGGAGCCAGGGCCAUCACAGGCACAACCGCCAACGCCUAAGCAGCCACAGCCGCCCCCGCCGCCGCCGCCGCCACCGCCGCCACCUCCCCCGCCCCCUCCACCGCCCCCGCCCCCGCCACCAUCGCAGCCACAGGCACAGCCACAGCCCCAGCCUCAACCAAGGCAACAAACUGCCCAAGACCCUCUUACUCAGUCCUAUUCCAGGCACACACUCCAGGAUUCCCAAAAGCCUGGUUUCAGGAGACCAGGCCAAGCCUUCCCAGGUAACUACCCCAGGAGGCAACGCUUCACGGCCAUGGAUUACAUACAGCAGUGGUGA